AUGCCAUCUCUCACUGCAGGCACAGCUCCCUCCCACAUGAAGGGAAAAAGGAGGACAAGCAAGGCAUCUUGGGUGUCUGAAAUGGGCCAAGUGUCCAAGGUGUCACAGACGCCCCAGAAAGCCCAUCCAUCUGAAAAACCCAAUAGUUGCACGCAUAGCUCAACUUCACAUGGUCCAAGCACAAAGGGCAACGUCCACCAUGUAGCUGACUCUUCCGGGAGGAAGAAAGGAGAGAUAACCGCCGAAGACCGCCGCUUCAGUUCCCAGAAUGAAUACCCUGCCCGCUUCACCGUGAAGGAAAUACAAGUCAACAUCGGCUUGUGGGUCUGUCUUGCGUGUCCCUCAUCCGUUAGCAAAUGCAAAGACUGCAAACAACACGAAGGUCAUGAAGAUUCUCUGAUUAUCGGUAUUCAUGGAGAGUGUGUCAAUGGCAAGAUGGGAAUGCGUUCGGCGAUUGGACUAUACUGGGGCUACGGGAAUAACGGAAAUGUCUCCUGGGAGAUUCCGAGCAAGGACAGCCAGACCAAGCAGGUCGCCGAAUUGACCGCCUGUCUGCGAGCAUUGCGCAAUGCCACUUCCAUCCUGGAGAAGCGGCGCAGCAUUAUGCGCAAGGGCAAGAGUCUCACGCCAUUGAACACUUUUGUGAUCAAGUCCGACUCGGAGUAUCUCGUUCGCAGCCUGACGGAGUGGCUACCCAAGUGGAAGGCAAAUGGAUGGAAGACUUGCAAGGGAGUUCCAGUGGCCAAUGCUGACAAAUUUCAGCUGAUUGAAACUGGUAUUGCGAUGCUUGAGGUGAUGGUCAACGUCAAGUUCUGGCUUGUACCCAAGGAGGACAAUAUGGAGGCUAGUUUGCUGGCAAAGCGGGCUCUCGUGGAAUAUUGA